GGAGAAGUGUGCUUGUUUAUGCUGGCAGGAACAAACUCAUUCAGUAAGGCGAAUAUGAUAACUUUUUAAGCAGUAGUUCAACAAGGUCUUACAUAUUAUAGCUUAAUGAAGACUUGCUCAGGUGACACAAAAAGUUUUUUUAAUAAAUCACAAUAAAUAUUUCGACCAGAGUUUUUUUUUUCAGAUUAUGUUUUUGCAUUAAAUUUAAUCAAACAAAUAAUUUUAGGUUUGUUACUUUUAAACGUGUUUUUAUUUAUGUUUUAAAACCCACAGUUGUCUAUUAGUUAUAAAAACACAUUUUGUCCAAUGUAUUUAGUUUCUUAUAUCAUGAGCAAGACUGCUUUGUAUGCCGAACUGAAGAAUGGAUCAGACUGAUCAAAAUAAUAUAUAGAUGUAAAAUAUAGAAGACACCCAUAUGUUCAGAGAAGUAAAGAAACAUGAAUUUAACAUUAUUUUGAAUGGGAAUCGGUGAGACUCGACGGUGGGAGUGUUUCUUUGCUGUCCUCCAGUCAGAGGGCUAAACGUUGCCAUGGGAAACAGUGUCGCUUGAGUUGCCCGAACAUUUAUGCAGCUGAUUAUUAUUUUUAAGUUACUCUACCGGCUCCUUUAGACAUUUAUUACACUUACAGCAACUCCGCUCAGUUAUCUUACCGAUGUGAUGUUGUGACUUCUUCCUUUACUGCGGCGAGCUAGCAUCACAGCCUGCGUAGGCUAGCUAACGAGAAGCUAUGGCCUCAUGCUGCGUUUAAACUUCAACCACCUCGCUCCCACCUGCGAAACUUCUUUACGUCGAUAUGGCUCACAGAAAAGAAAUAUUUCAAACAAAAGUCCUCCAGAAGCUCUACCCAGCAGCUCCCAAGAAAGAGGACCCAAGGCCAACAUGCAAUGUAGAGGCCCUAGUCAAAAAAACUUGCACGAAAAGAAAAGCCUCUCAAGUGAACUCAACAACUGAAGAUGCACAGAGUGCAGCCAAUCCAGGCAGGCGGCUGUACACGGUCAUGUCUCCUCCUGCAGACUGCAAGAUUGGUUCAGAGAAAUCCGUCACACUCCCCCUGCUAGAAAGUAUAAAUAGUGCCAAGGACCCAGCUGAUGAGAUCGCCCAUGAAAGUGAUGAAGAAUUAGACAAAGAUGAAGAGGGGAAGGGACAGCAUAGAAAAAAGAGGAGAAGGAAAAGAAAACCAGCCCUCCUUUUAGACUCUGGUACAGAUGGAGCUGUGAGUGAGUCCCGCAGAGGUCAGAGUCAGACGCUUGUAGAGGAAGGAGGAGAGUCCAUCAGCAGGAACAGAAAGAGAAAGCUGAAAAAGAAACGGCACAAAGAGAAGCUGCGCUCAAUGGGUCUCAUGCCCCGGGCCUCUGCCCUGGAGUUCACAUACCGAAAAGGUGAGGAAGAAGAAGAAGAGGAGGAGGAGGAGGAUAUCGAGAGGAGAGCUGCCGAGGUGGCAGACUUCUUCAGGACAACAAUGGAAAUCUAUAUGUCGGAUUCCUCAUCACGUGUAGACAAGCUUCCGCUUCUGUCGAAGACUAUGGACGACCUUCUUUGCAGCAUAGCCAGCGGUGACAAGCCCACCUCUGUUCUACAGCAUCUCUACAGCCUUAAGGUCUUUGUUCAGAAGAAAGAGACCGACAAAUUGGAAACGUCGCUGGAGGGUCUCCAAAACUCUUCUUUGUUGUCUGCAGAGGAAACCACUGCAGUCGUAUCACUCUUCCAGUACUGGAUCACAGACAUUCUUUCCAUGCAGAGCGACAGGAAGACAGGACUUUCUACAAUGCACCCAUGAGACUGUCAGUCACACUGGAACAAGAAACUCCACUGAUGGAUUAUUCUCACUGUUGUCCAUUUCUUUAAACAAGACAGUUCUUGAAAUGUUUUAUUCAUUUUGUGGGGAUUUCAAAAUGUUGGAUUUGUGCUGUAUUUGGAAAAAAAUAUUUAAAAAAUGUUUUCUUUGC